CCGGGAUAUUCCUUGACAACAAUGAUCUGACUGCUGGGAUACUGGAUUUUAGUAUGUUUUAGUAUCACCAAUGACAGCCAGUUCCCCGCAUUGCACUCAGAGACAACCAUCCAACACUCUUCCUGUUCCCGUUUCUUUCAUCCAGGUCCAUAACUCUAUAUCGACGUGAUCCAUGUUUCUUCGUCCUACUAAACGUGCAUGCGAUGGAUGUAUAUCUCGCAAGGUGAAAUGCAGCGGGACCUGGCCCUGCGACACCUGUCGAAGUGGGCCAAAACAGGUCAACUGCACCUACUUCAAGCCAGCUCGCAAGAGGGGUCCGAAGGUCCAACGGCCUGCUGGCAUUCCUAGCGACAGCAUGCCUGGCAGCUGUCGGGUUUCAGCAAAUACCCCUGCUGAAACUGUUCCGAGAGACGGUUCUGCUAUUGAGAGGAGUCCCGAUUCGGCAUAUCCGUGGGGUCAGAGGAUUCCUCAGACAACCUUGACUUACAUUGUGCGCGAAUAUCAACGAUAUUCCUAUGGUGUUUGGCCAGUGAUCAAUGUCGAUGUGCUCCUACAGAGACUGGAGAGUGAUAACGACCCGAGUACGUACUGCUUAGCUUUGGCGCUUUGCGCAGCAACAAUGGCACAACUCCAACUCGCACCCCUCAUGAAUGGAGUUCGGAAGAUCGACAGUAAACUUUUGGCAACUGAAUGCCUGCGCCUGCGCGAAGAAAUAGAAUUUCGGGAGCACCUUGAUGCACGCUUUGUGCUUAUCUCGUUGUUCCUACACGUAUACCAUGCUAAAAUCAACAAGCGAAACUCGGCCAUGCUGUUUAUACAGGAAGCCAUUUCGGGUGCCAGAUUGCUGAAGCUGGAUGAUGACGGUAUUGUAGCAAGAGAAUGGAGUGCGAAUGAAGAUGUGAUUACGAACCGUGACAUUCUAUUUACUCUUCUAUGGGUGUCGGAAAGAGGCUAUGCUAUGCAUCUUGGCCUGAAACCGUCCUAUACAAGUCCCACUUGGCUACCAGACCGGACACAAACGUCUGAAAACGCUCACGUGCAGGGCUUGCUUGAGCAUGCGAGAUUAUUCGCAGCCCUUGACGGCAUUAUUAUCAGAGAAAGUGACCCAAUUGGCCUCUCUAUUAACACCCUAAUGGAGACAGAAGCUGCUUUGUCGACGCUCUCGCUGGGCCAGGGUGAUCGAGCACCCACACGAAUGGCAGACUACUGUAUCACCAAGGAAUGGAUGCGGAUGAUUAUUUGGCAGGAGGCCCUAUCUCGACACUUACUUUCUUCUACGUCGUAUUUAGAGUUGUUAACUUUUAGGUUCCCGGUCCAUGUUGGUCGGGAUUUGCUGUGUUCACUACAGGGAUUUUCCAAGUCCGAUUUGCUACCUUUGGGCCGUGACCAGCUUCUGAAGUGCUUUGAGAUUACAAACUCUCUCGCAGACACAGUUCUGUGUACUUCUUUUAUUCUUGCGCCGUACCAGAGCUUUCAUUUUGGCCCUCAAGACUUGUUGCAUGCUCUUUACCAGAAGCUUUUACCGUUUCUGGAACAGGACCAGAUGCUAAAGUCAAUUCUACAUUUCAAGACCGCUGAGGCAUUGGUAAAGGCCCCGGCUCGUACUUUGCGUUUAGGUGUGAACGAGAGACGGUUCGUGGAAGAACGGAGCAAUGACGGUAUUGAUGACCGUCUGGAUCUUGCAGACAAUGUGGGGAGUGUUAUAUCGGAGGUCCCUGGCCCUUCCGCUUGAAAUUGAUGGCAACUAUUUAUUAGUGGACUGAUCAGAUGAAUCUACUCGCUAAUCUUAAGCACGAUUCUCCCCGCGAUGUCACCCUUCUCCAUCUCAUCAUACACCUGGGGCAAGUCCUUGAACUUUCU